UAUUUACUGUAUUCAAUAUUGGCAACCCUGCCGGACCUCGUCGGGACAGGAAAAAUAAUACGAGAAUUAUUACACACUUAGCACAGCACAUGCCUCAGUGGGCUCUGUGUCUUUGUAGUGUGAGGUUGUGCACAAGAUGUUAAAGAUAAUUCUUAUCUUAGCCCUGGUGGGUUCCAUCUACCCUCAGGACGAUAAGGACUUGGAUUCAGUGAUCGAGUCUAUAUUUGGCAAGCCGUCUUCCACGCAGCCGCCCUUCAUCAACGUGAAGAAACCAUCAACAAUAGUACCCCCAACCAACAACCAAGACAAAGAGAACCAGCCGUGUCAGACGGAAGAGGGCAAGGAGGGUCGCUGUCUGCGGUACUUCCUCUGCAAUUCAAACAACACUGUCAUAGAUGAUGGUGUAGGAAUCAUAGAUAUAAGAGUUCAAGCCGACGUAUGCAGUUCCUACUUGGACGUGUGCUGUAACGUCCCAGACGUGAGACCACCAGAUAAUCCCAUCACCCCGAAACCUCCGAAAUUCAGGGAAGGUUGCGGGUGGAGGAACCCCGACGGUAUUGGAUUCAAGACGAUCGGCGACAACGACGGUGAGAGCAAGUUCGGGGAAUUCCCCUGGAUGGUCGCCAUACUCAAUACUGAUUACGUUGAUCCCAGAAUCGAGGCUGUGAACGACGCUAACUCUGAGGGUCAAAAGCUGAACGUCUACGUUGGUGGCGGGUCGCUGAUACAUCCCAGCGUUGUUUUAACAACUGCCCACACAGUCGCAUCGAUUCCAACGCUGAAAGUACGUGCCGGGGAAUGGGAUACCCAGACAUCUAAAGAGAUAUACCCGUUCCAAGACCGGGACGUCGAUUCAGUAAUCAUUCACAAGGACUACAAUCACGUCAAAAAGAACCUUUUCUACGACAUAGCCCUACUAUUCCUCUCAUCGCCCGUGGAUAUGAACGUGCCCAACGUGGCCCUGGCGUGUCUCCCGCCACCCAGACUGGUAACGCCUGGUGGAAUCAGAUGUUUCGCCAGCGGAUGGGGUAAAGACAAAUUCGGCAAGGAAGGUCGUUACCAGGUCAUAUUGAAAAAGGUGCAACUGCCGGUGGUUGAGAGGCAGCAGUGUCAGAAACAGCUGCGGAACACACGCCUGGGACCGUUCUUCCAGCUGCACAGCUCGUUUAUGUGUGCUGGAGGUGAAGAGGGCAUUGACACCUGCAAAGGGGACGGCGGAUCGCCUUUGGCGUGCCCGAUUGAGAACGAACCAGGGCGUUACAUGCAGAGCGGCAUGGUGGCGUGGGGCAUAGGUUGUGGCGAAAACGGCACGCCCGGCGUAUACGUUGACGUGGCCAGCCUGCGGGAUUGGAUCGACGACAAAAUUAUAGGCAAAGGACUGGACCCAAAGGUCUACAGCUUCUAAAUGAACGGAUGCAAGCAAAAAUACUUGUCAUUUGAGACAUCUUUUUUACUUUUAUGAGUCUUAAUGCAGCGUAAAACUAAUUAACCACGUCCUGUGUUGUUUUUGAUUUGCGAAUACUCGUGUUGAAAUCUACCAUAUUUUUUUAUAUGAAUCGAAGUAAACAAAGUACUUAAUAA